AUGGAAGCGCGCAAGGGGCCCUACAGUGGAAUGAAACCGGAAAACCUGGAGAAAACCCAAGUGACCGGGCAGGUGACCCGAUACUUUUUCACGUCCGGUCGGGGAAUCGAACCCCAGCCGCCUAGAUCAAAGGCCAGUGUGGGUUACCACUGUGUCAUCCGACCACCCAAGUGUACGCAGCUCGGUUAUCAAGGUUAUAACCGGUUUCCUUUUGAACUUGUGUUGCUGUUGAUGAUUCCGGUAAUAGCCGCUGAAAUCACGCCCAUCCCAUAUCCAAAGGAGGUAAAGGAAUGUUUGAAGACGGAGGAAAACCUUGAUGCCUCUCUUUGUACAGGGGAGAGUAUAGCUAGUACAUGUAUGUCAACAUACGCCUGGAAUAACAAGGCCAAGGUACAUCCGUACCUACCUUCCAAACCCGAGAAGGACUACAUCCAUCAGAUGUCAGGUAAUCCCAGACACGAACGGGUCAAACGAGGAACCUUUCCAAGGAGAGGGAAACCAAGGCAACGUAAAGAAUAUAGGCUUCUUACAAACAAAGCUCGGGACCGAUUCCAUAUGUGCCUAAACCUUCUGAAAAAUACCCCGGUUCCAGGUAGUAGUAUAUCCAGGUACGACGCAAUUGCAGCGAUGCACAAUUCCCAAGUGGCUGGCUCUGCGCAUGGUGGUGUCAAUUUUCUUAGCUGGCAUCGGGUAUACAUCUACACGUUGGAAAAUGCAUUGCGAUCAGUUGACCGAAGAUGUCGUAGAGUAACCCUGCCUUACUGGGAUUGUACAGCAGAGUACUACAGCGACCAGAUCAGGAGGGGCGACAGUGCAAACUCUGUCAUAUUUUCUGAUGAAUUCGCUGGAAAUGCGGAUGGUGCAGUCGUUACGGGUGCUUUCCGGGAGUGGGGGCUGGUGAGAAAUAUUGCCUUUGGAGGUCUGUUAUUUGGUCGUGACGAAAUUGACUUAGUCUUGUCAAGGACCAGUCAUGAAGAGAUAUCCGUUCCAUUCGCUCAACGGCGAUACAACUUAGAGUUUUACCAUAACCGUAUACACGUAUUUCUAGGUGGAUUUCUACUCGACAUAAGCCUUGCUCCCCGGGAUCCGCUGUUCUUCCUUUUACAUACUUUCAUUGACUACGUGUGGGAGCUAUUUCGACAAAGUCUGAUAGAUCGAGGUAUUGAUCCUGAGAUAUACCCACAAUUUAAUAAUCCGCGACACGCCCCUGAUAAUACAAUGGAAGGCUUUCCGGACUGGGAAAACUGGGAAGGAUAUCUUAAUGACUGGAACGACAGAAUUGCACAAUAUAAGCCCUCGUUUAAUUGCGACCGUACGAAGAACUGUAGGAAAGGGCCACGUAGAGACCGCUGGAUCGGAUGUCGUACGACCGAUGACUUCGGGAGGCAAUGUGUAUCACUACCAAGAAGCAACAACCAGGAUGGAGCAAGAAGACGACGUUCAACAUAUAAAACGGGCAAAACAUCACAUACCAAAGUCCAACUAUGUAACAAAGAUACCUGUCCAUAUCAGGAAGCUAGCGUACAGAACACAUAUGCUAUAAAUGACAAGGUCGACCCUUCCUCAUGGGUCUACAUUCCGGUGAAGGUUUUAUACGAGAGGUCAUCAGGACUAGUAUUCCACACAUACGAUACAUUUGAAAACAAAAUCGACAUCAUGGAUAUAUUUGAUCCUUCCCGCAGUUAUAAGCUGAAGAAAAAUCUGUACACUGGACAAGCUAGAACAUAUGACUCUUGUAGAGUGAGCGGCACAGGAGCAACCAAAGUGUAUGUCAGGGCCGACGGUAUCAGUUACAGCGGCAAUUCAAUGGAAUAUGCCAUUGUUGACGAGAGAUAUCCUAUCAUGGUACAAAAAGCCUUCAUUCCGGUAAAAGAUCCUGCCAAAGAGGCAAGCGAAGUCUGCUUGAUGGCUUACGACGAAUGUGGGAGGAUUUGUCUACCAACCUGUCUCGUCAAAGGGUCCAACCCUCCAGUGUACGUACCGUGCAGCGGAUGUAUUCGAGUCGACAACCAAUAUCCAAGACGGUACGGGAAGACUGUUGCUGAUGCGAUGGCCGAGUACUGGUCAUUUCACGAUGUCCAUGAUGACGAAUACAUCUGUCCUGAAGAGAAAGAACAAGGUCAAAUAUUCCUGAAGUUUGUUUGUGAUUCAUCAACAAAAUUCCCAUGGCAACGCAUGGGGGAUCGCGAUUAGGCAACAAGCCUAUCGUGUUAUAUGGUGCUGGUAUAUAGUAAAUGUAUUCAGUAAAAUACUUCUUU